AUUAAACAAUAUUCCAUGCAAGAGACGGAGCAAUCAGAAAAAGAUAUGAUAGGUUCCCUUCUUGAUGGUAAUCAAUUUAAUUAUUCUCGAGAUGAUUAAUCAGAAUGCUCAGAAUUUAGAUCAUCCAUAACUAAAUCCCAGUAACAUUCAUAAUCUGUAAACAUAAAUUUUACUACUUAUUCCUUUAGCCUAUCAAAAGUUUCAAGGAUCUAAGAGAUAGUCCAGUUAUAUAUGAAGAUCCAACGUAUUAAUAGAAAUAUUCAACUAGUUAAUAAGAAUUCCCCUCUACCGAUCCUAGCAAUUUUUAUAUUACAGUGUAGCCAACAUUCAUUUAAUAACGAUAACACUCCUUGAGUCAUGAAUUCCACUCAUAUAUACUACCUUAAUAACCAAUUUACUAUCCUUGUUAGGAUGGCUAUUUCUCUUAAAAAAGAACAAAAAAAUUACAAUUAUAAACAGAGAAUGACACUACAAUUGUACAUUUAUUAUUAUUAAAUAAACUUAGUCCCAAUAAUGUUAAGAUCAAUAUGCUUCCUUAAUUAUUUAAUAAUCCUUUAUCUAAGGAAAUGAAUAUUAAAGAGAAAAAAUUUUUAAAGGUUUAGUUGAUGAUUUGUUUUUACUAUCAAAACACAAAUUUGGAAAUUAUGUAAUACAAAAAAUAAUUGAAAAUUGUAAUCAAAAUACUAGAACACUUAUUUUUGAUUAAUUGAAUUCUCAUAUAUUGGAGAUGUCUUAUGACAAAUUUGGUUGUAGAGUUGUCUAAAAAUUAUUAGAAUUUAUUCUCAAAUAACAAAAAGUUUAACUAAUUACUUAAAUCAAACCUUAUGCAUUAAAAUUAAUAUUUGACCAAUGUGGAAAUCAUGUCAUCUAAAAAAUAAUAGAUUUAGUUACUGAUGCUGAAUUUAUAAUAGAUUUAGUGACUAUUAAUGUAGAUAAAGUUAUAUCUCAUCCUUAUGGAUGUAGAAUAGCCUAAAAAUGUUUAGAAAUGUUUACCAAUGAUAAAUUAUAGGAACUUUAUAUUUCAUUAAUUCCACUAUGUGAAAGAUUAUCUUUUUGUUAAUAUGGAAAUUACAUUGUACAACACAUGAUAAAUUCAGGACCUCCUAAAGGAUUAGAAGUUAUUGGCAAAUUUAUUAAAUAAAGAAUUAUUGAAGUUAGUUAAGAUAAAUAUGCUAGGUAAUAAUUAAUUUAAAUAAAGUAAUGUAGCUCAAAGGUAUAUUACUUUAGCUUCAGAGGAAGAUAUUGCAAGUAUAUGUAAAAUUCUCAUGAAUUAAACUCUCCCUCCUCUAUUACUAAUUUUAAUUAAUAAUUCCUUUGGAAAUUAUGUUAUGUAAAAUUUCUAUCUGAAAUGUAAUGAUAAAUAAAAAGAAUAAAUUUAAAUUCAAGUCUCUCAAUAUGAAGAACAUUAAUUCACCUAAUAUGGUAUUUCAUUAUAAUCAUUUAAUUAGGUCGACAUUUUUUAUAAUAUUUAGCCAGAUUUCAUGCUUGUUGA